AGGAAGUCAAAGAGAAGAGGCGCUUUUGAGAGAGCACCAGAUUUUACAAUAUCUCGUCACCCAGAUUGAAAAUCCAGCCAUGCUGACUGCCCCAUUACUGUCCCACUGUUCAUUUUCUGAACACCAAUGAAUGGCCUUGGGAAAACUUGACCCCUCAAGGAGUAAUCCAACUUCUCCAGAGGAAAAUAACUACUUGACCAGAAUAUUCUUUAAUAACAAAAUAAGGAGCCCAACCUCACCAUAUAAAACUGUUUAGAGCAAAACUAAAUAACUUCUGAAUACAACGGAUUAUAAUUUCUACAGCCUGUGAACACUGCUGAUCAAAUUACUAAAGGCUGCUGUUUUUGUGGUUGAGGUUUCCUUCUUCAGUUUUACUUUUAAUUUAGUUUUGUUUUGCAAGAACGAAAGAGGAAGGGCCGCCUAACCAGGCCGCGGGACGAUUCCAGCAAGCCUCGAUUUUCCUGGGGUUCACAGCCACGAACUUCAGCCAGCAAGUGCAGAAGCGCUUGUUCCUGCCCCAGCUGCAACCUGGGUUUUUCCUUGUCUUGCAGUUUGUAGCUUAGAAGAACGGUGUGCAAGGGACUCCAGCUCUUCCCAGACCCAGGCCAGUGUGGCUCUCUCUCAGGGUUCUGCCAUAGUGAAAGAUGUGUAUGUGAGUGUGGUGUGUGUGUGUGUCAGAGAACGAAAGAGAAGGGGAGAGAGGCUGAUCGAUUCUUCGGCCCCAACUUAAGCAUCCCUUAGUCGGCCGCUUCUGUCCCCAGGCUGGUGUCUUCUGGUGCAGUAGCUCCGAGAUGAAGUCACCCUGGAAAAUCCUUAUGGCCACUCCUCUAUUCUUUCUCCUGACCCUUCACACCUUGGCCUCUCCAGCCUAUGACCACCAGCGCGGCACCAGACGCUCCAAUGGCCAAGUCUGUAUAGGGUGUGUGCUGGUGGUGUCUGUGAUUGAACAGCUUGCUCAAGUUCACAACUCAACGGUCCAGACCUCAAUGGAGAGACUGUGCAGCUACUUGCCUGAAAAACUGUUCUUGAAGACCACCUGCUAUUUAGUGGUAGGCAUAUUUGGACCAGACAUCAUAAAACUGCUCAGAGCGGAUGUGAAUGCUGAUGUGGUGUGUCACACCCUGGAGUUUUGUAAACAGGACCCUGGCCAACCCUUGUGUCACCUCUAUCCCCUUCCCAAGGAGACAUGGAAAUUGACACUAGAGAAGGCAAGACAGAUUGUCAAGAAAUCCCCAACUCUGACAUAUUCCAGAAGUGGUUCUGCUAUUUGUUCACUCCCAUUUUUGGCCAAGAUCUGUCAGAGGAUUAAAUCGGCUAUACAAAAUUCUUUACCAUUCAAAGAUGUAGAUUCAGACAAAUACAGUGUUUUCCCAACACUGCGGGGCUCUCACUGGCGAGGGAGAGACUGUAACGACAGCAACAAGAUGGCAUACCCAGGCAGAAGGCCAGACAACUGGGAUACACAUCAGGAUUCAAACUGUAAUGGCAUUUGGGGUGUUGAUCCAAAAGAUGGAAUUCCAUACGAGAAGAAAUUCUGUGAAGGUUCACAGCCCAGGGGAAUCAUUUUGCUGGGAGACUCAGCUGGGGCUCAUUUUCACAUCCCUCUCGAUUGGAUCACAGCUUCACAGAUGUCUUUGAAAUCCUUCUUCAGUUUACCAACAGCUCUUACCAAUGAGCUCGACUGGCCCCAACUCUCUGGCGCUACUGGAUUUCUGGACUCCACUAGUGGAGUUAAAGAAAACUCCAUUUACCUUCGUUUACGGAAAAGAAACCACUGCAAUCAUAGGGACUACCAGAACAUUUCAAGAAAUGGUGCAUCUUCCCAAAGCCUGGAGAGAUUUAUAGAAAGUUUGUCUAGGAACCAGCUGUUGGACCAACCAGCCAUUGUCAUAUAUGCCAUGAUUGGAAAUGAUGUCUGCAAGAGGAAGAUUGAUCCCGUCCCAGACAUGACCACUCCUGAAAAAUUGUACUCAAAGGUCAUGCAGACUCUGCAGUAUCUAGAUUCCCACCUGCCAAAUGGCAGCCAUGUGAUUUUAUAUGGCUUACCAGAUGGAACCUUUCUCUGGGAUAAUUUGCACAGCAGAUAUCAUCCUCUCGGCCAGCUGAACAAGGACGUGACCUACGCGCAUUUCUACUCCUUCCUGAACUGUCUCCAGGUCAGCCCCUGCCACGGCUGGAUGUCUUCCAAUAAGACGCUCCGGACUCUCACUUCAGAGAGAGCAGAACAACUCUCCAAUACGCUGAAAAAAAUUGCAACCAGCCAGAAAUUUACAAACUUCAAUCUUUUCUACAUGGAUUUUGACUUCCAAGAAAUCAUGGAGGAGUGGCAGAGGGUCGGAGGGCAGCCCUGGCAGCUCAUUGAACCCGUGGAUGGAUUCCACCCUAGUGAGGUGGCUUUACAGCUGUUGGCAGAUCGCUUCUGGAAGAAGGUGCAGCUCCAGUGGCCCCAGGUCCUGGGAAAGGAGAAUCCAUUCAACCCCCAGAUUGAGCAGGUGUUUGGAGACCAAGGGGGACACUAAGUCCUCAGGGACACUUGCUCCUGGGGAGCUCAGGAAGGCAGAAACUUGGGUAAACUCAUUCAAGAAACGGUUAUGGGGGCGGCUGUGUCACAAACUCACA